CCUGGGCCAAAGAACACACACAAGGCUCUGUUCUUAUAGCUCCUUGGCUCAUUGCCAACCAGGGAAGAAAGGUUCAUGGCUUUGUUCUGAGCUCAACCUUAGGGAUCUCACUUAGGAAAUGAACAAUCCUAGUUUCACCCAUAAAGGAAUAUGAGAGGGAUCCAGGGGCAUCCUUUGUCCCCUGGAACUCUGAAGGAACUGGUUCUGUGGGAUGCUUUCCUGAACCUGGGCACUGGCAAACACCCACUGGCAGGUGUGGAAGGAAGCUCCUGCCCACAUCCUGGGAGCAGCUCAGAGCAAAUUCUGCAGCCUGCUCUCAUUACCCUGAUCUCUCCUGAGUACUUGCUGCCCCUGCUCUGCUGUGUCCUCUGCCAGCACAGACUGAGAUGGGCAAGUUCAUGCUCCUUCUCCUACUGCUGGGGGCUUUUAAUCUUGUGUUCUUCCAAGCUCAGGCCACAGUGUGCAUGGUCUGCAAGUCUUUUAAAAGAGGACACUGUCUGGUAGGCAAGAGCAACUGCACUACGAAAUACAGUCCUGGAUGCAGAACCAGGAAUUUCUUCAUAUUCUCAAAAGCAGGGAGAUGGGUCCACAAUCACACCGAACUGGACUGUUCUAAUGCAUGUUUGGCUGAAAACAUGUAUUAUGGAAGUUUGAAGAUUUCUACCUUUUGCUGCAAAGGUGAAGAUUUCUGUAACAGAUAUAUUGGCCAAGUAGUGAAUAAGAACUUUCACUAACUGCCAAUUCCUUCAGCAAUAACAACCAUGUCCCUGUACCCUAUUUCUUCCUCCGGUCAUCUCUCGGUUUCCCUCUGUGUGUUCAUCAUGAAAUAAACUUCUCAUAAG